CACCACACAACUUUCUUCUUCUGCUCAUCAAUUAGCAAUUAAUCCAAAACCAUUAUGGCUGCCAAAAAUUCAGAGAUGAAGUUUGCUAUCUUCUUCGUUGUUCUUUUGACGACCACUUUAGUUGAUAUGUCUGGAAUUUCGAAAAUGCAAGUGAUGGCUCUUCGAGACAUACCCCCACAAGAAACAUUGCUGAAAAUGAAGCUACUUCCCACAAAUAUUUUGGGACUUUGUAACGAACCUUGCAGCUCAAACUCUGAUUGCAUCGGAAUUACCCUUUGCCAAUUUUGUAAGGAGAAGACGGACCAGUAUGGUUUAACAUACCGUACAUGCAACCUGUUGCCUUGAACAAUAUCAAUGAUCUAUCGAUCGAUCUAUCUAUCUAUUUAUCUGUCUCUGCGCGUAUAGUGUUGUCUGUACCUUUGGUGUGAAGAAUAUGAAUAAAGGGAUACAUAUAUCUAGAUAUAUUCUAGGUAAUGUCCUAUUGUAUUUAAAAUUUGUAGCAAUGAUUGUUUGAAUAAAAACAUACCAUGAGUGAAAUAAUUAUUCCA